UUUGUAUUGAAGUUUAUUUCACACAAAACUUGUUGUGAUUUGAAUUCAGAGACAAUUGUUUUAUUAAUUGAGUGCAAAAUGAGAUCAAAUUCAAUAUCAUAUCCAAUGAUCACUAUUCAAAGCGAUUGGGAUCAAGUCAUCAGAAGACCGGUGGCUAAUGUCUGGUUGACAUCGAAGACCAUCAAUGAAAACAGUGUCCACCAGACCAUUCAAUUCAAUGAAUCCAAAGCCAGUGACAGUCAAGACUUCCACAUCACGUGUCCAUCCAAUUAUUACUUAAAACUAAUCAACAAAUCAACGAAACAAUUGUAUGGCUUUAUAGCACCCAAUCAUGUCUUCUCAUCGAUUCACAGCAAAGCCGUCUCGAGUAUUGAUGUGACGACCGGAGGAUUGGGAGUGUCUGUCGGCGCCGACAGUAAACUAUUAGUUUGGUCCUCAGCUGACGGAUCAAUA